AUGAAAGCAACGGUUCGCCGUUCUGCGAAACAGCUGGAUUCUACGCGCAACUUGGAUGAUGUGUGCAAUCGCACACACACAAUCUUGUAUUGGAACGAAAUGGGUAAGCCAAUGAAGAUAAGCCUUAAUGCUUUACAAUCUGAUCCACGAGUUUCUGCAUUUUUGAGAAAUAUUAAUAGGCAGGUCGGUCGACCAAGACCUGUUAUGGUCAUAGUGGCUGGUGAAGGAGAUUUUCUUUGGAUAAAAAACUUCAUGUGUAAUGUUAUUGAGUACGAUAUGCUUACACGCAUAUCAGUGGUCACAAUUGAUCGCGUAACCACAACUUCGAUCGCCAAAGAGAUGCCAAUGAUGCCACUUUUUGAGCUCAGUUUUGCUCAGUUUGGGGAGCAAAUGGAGCAACUCUAUGCCGAUGCGGUGAAGGAACGACUACUCGGCAUACUGAAACUAAGAAUUGGAGCGCUUGUGCUUAAGAAUAAAUUGGAUGCUUUGAUUGGAGUUCCUAAUCAAUUAUGGACAAAUUAUUUCUUGAAUAGAACUAUGUACCCCCCUGUAUUCGAUCUAGAUGAGGAAAGCUUGCUGGUGCAGAAAUUGGAUCCUCUUGAUAAGGAAAGCACUAUGAUCGAUUCUGCGUCAUUCAUAGGACUUGGCCGAUUCAAUCCCAGAGGAGCGAGAAUUCUUACACGAAGCGCUGAUCUAGCCAGUAAAAAGUUCACUACAGUCAGCUCCGCUCUGACAUAUGCCUGUGAUGUUCCUAAGCGGAAUAUCUGCCGACGUCUUUCAGCCAAACGAAUGAUUGGACCAUCAUGGUUUCGGAGCAAACGUGACUUAUUACCUGAUGUUGUACAUCUUCCAAAAAAUGCAGAAAGGGCGGCAUUGAGGAGAGAAGGGCUGUGGUUGCUCUCGAAGGAAGGCAAAUGCAAUGAUGUGGCGCGACGAAAGCUGAAUUCUUCAUUACUUCAUAGCAUGGCUAAUUGGAAAGAACACUACAAAACACGCAACGCAGAAUUUCGAUUCCGAUUUCGGCCACCUCACCCUAUGGGCCAUCGCAGUUUCUUGGAGGAGAGUGCUGCUAAAGAUCUCUAA